CAAUUUGCUUUACGUAAUAAACUCUCUGAGCGUCUCGAUUGAUACUUCAAUUCGGAUUUACGGGGUCCGAUCCCGAUAAAUCCCGGAUUUCGAGUACGAUAGAAACGUAGUCAUACGGUGGAAACAUGCGCUUCACUGAAUCCGGGAUUUAGAAGUACGAUGGAGACAUAGUUACUCAUGUAGCAAAGUAUUAAAUAAACUCUCACUUACCUGCAUCGGUGCUCCUGCGAGGUUAAUAGAUCAAAUACAAAGUAAGCAUGGGUUUGAAAGAAUAUACAAAGAAUCCAGAAGCCGCUAAAAAGGAACGAAAGAAAAGAAAACACAAUACAUCUUCAUCAUCCUCCGAAAGUAGUGAUUCUGAUCGGGAGGAGAAAACGGUUUCUAAAUCUAAGAAGAAGGAAAGUAAACGAAGUUCGACAAAGAAUCAAGAUCAAAAUUCUCAUCGGAAUAAUGACAAAGACCCUAAUCCACCAGCACCACAAACAUACGAUGACUUUGACUUGCCAUCUUGGAGCGAGAAUAUUGACAGUAAAAAUAAUGAAGACAAUUCUAAUCGCACGAGAGAAACGGAUAGCUCUCACAAUAAGAAAAAGAAGUAUUCAAGGUAUAGCGACAAAGAGGAAAAAGGAGAAAAGAAUAGAACAAGUAGAGAAACGAAAGAGUCUCUUGAGCCAGAUAUGAAAAGCCAUCAACAUGAUGCCAAUGAUAGUAGAAGAAGCAGAAGUAGACGAGGCAGAGAUGAGAGCAAUAAAAGGUACAGAGAAAAUGAUUGUAUCUCACAGAAGGAUGAAAACAGAAGGGACAAAAGUAAAGGAAACAGAGACAAAAUCUAUAAUAGACACAGAGAAGGAGGUUACAGUUCUUAUAAAAGCAUCGAUCGGAAAAGUAGAAAUAGAAGAGGCAGUGAUAGGAAGUAUAUGGAUGAUAGAUAUAAAGAAAGCUAUGGUGAUUUCCAGAGGGAUAAACAUAUUGAAUAUGGUGAUGAUGUAAGACAUAACAGAAGCCGAAAAGAGCAUGACGAUAAUCUGGAUAGAUUACGAUCCCAUGGAGAACGUGCCAAAGAUCCAGAAUCAGAACCAAGUGAAAACAUUUCUGCAAAAGAAAAACGGACAGUUGAUCUUCUCACAUCUAAAACUGGCGGAGCAUAUAUUCCACCUGCUAAAUUACGUAUGAUGCAGGCAGAAAUCACUGAUAAAUCUGGUGCUGCUUAUCAGCGCAUUGCAUGGGAAGCUCUUAAAAAGUCUAUUCAUGGUUAUAUCAAUAAAGUUAAUACAAGCAAUAUUGGACUGAUUACCAGAGAACUUCUGAGAGAGAACAUUGUUCGGGGUAGAGGAUUGUUAGCUCGUUCGAUUAUUCAAGCCCAAGCUGCAUCUCCUACUUUUACGUCAGUUUAUGCUGCACUCACAGCAGUUAUUAAUUCAAAGUUCCCUAAUAUUGGAGAGCUUCUGCUUAAAAGGCUCAUAAUACAAUUUAAACGUGGGUUUCGACGAAAUGACAAACCAUUAUGCAUAUCAUCGGGAACUUUUGUAGCCCAUUUGGUGAAUCAACGUGUGGCCCAUGAAAUCCUUGCCCUGGAAAUCUUAACACUUUUAGUGGAAACUCCGACCGAUGAUUCCGUUGAAGUAGCAAUUGCAUUUCUGAAAGAAUGUGGCAUGAAAUUAACGGAGGUUUCCAGAAAAGGAAUUGAAGCUAUUUUUGAAAUGUUAAGAAACAUUUUGCACGAAGGUCAAUUGGAUAAAAGGGUACAAUAUAUGAUAGAAGUUAUGUUCCAAAUUCGAAAGGAUGGUUUCAAAGAUCAUGAAGCUGUAAGUGAGGAACUAGAUCUUGUUGAGGAAGAAAAUCAAUUUACCCAUUUAAUCACUUUAGAUGAGGCAACUGAUUCUCAGGAUAUAUUGAACGUUUUCAAGUUUGACUCAGAGUAUGUAGUCAAUGAAGAGAAAUACAAAGCAUUAAGUAAGGAAAUAUUGGAUACUGAUAGUAGUGGAUCAGAAAAUAGCAAUGAUGAAGACGAAGAAGAGGAAAGUUCCGAUGAAGACAGUAGUAAUGAAACAGGAGAAGCUAAGAAAGAUGUGAUUGUUGACAAUACUGAGACAAAUUUAACAGCCUUAAGAAGAACAAUUUAUUUAACUAUUCACUCGUCUCUUGACUUUGAGGAGUGUGCACAUAAGUUAAUGAAAAUGCAAUUGAAACCUGGUCAAGAGAUUGAACUUUGCCACAUGUUCUUGGACUGUUGUGCAGAAAUGAGAACGUACGAGAAGUUCUUUGGACUCUUGGCUGGAAGAUUUUGUGCUAUAAAUAAGAUGUACGUCACACCGUUUGAGCAAAUUUUCAAAGACUCUUAUGAUACAAUACAUCGACUUGACACAAAUAAGUUGCGGAAUGUUUCAAAGUUCUUUGCGCAUCUUUUAUUUACGGACUCAAUAUCUUGGGAAGUUUUAUCCUGCAUAAGAUUAAAUGAAGAAGAUACUACAAGUUCCAGUCGAAUAUUCAUUAAAAUUCUGUUUCAAGAACUGUCCGAAUAUCUUGGUCUAUCCAAACUGAAUCAACGCGUAAAGGACAUAACUUUGCAACGAGCUUUUGACGGCCUGUUUCCAAGAGAUGACCCCAAAAAUACUCGUUUUGCAAUUAACUUCUUCACGUCUAUUGGUCUAGGUGGUUUGACAGAUGACUUGCGGGAACAUUUAAAAUCACGCCCUAAACCAGUAUUGGUUCCUUCUGUAAUAAAGGAAAGUGAAGAAGAAUCAUCCAGUACUGUAAGUUCCUCUACAAGUUCCAGCUCUUCCAACAGUUCGGAGUCUUCGGAAAGUUCAGAUUCAUCAUCUUCAGAAGAGGAAAAGAAAAAGAAGAAGAAGCGAUCCUCUAAGGAAAAUGCCAAGAAGAAAGAACAAAAAAAGCACAAAAGUAAAAAGGAAGAAACCAUCAAAUCUAAAGAGAAAUCGAAGAAAAACAAGAAAGACUCAAAGACAUCAAAGAAUAAAUUAGAAAGGACAAAAAAGAAAUAGUUACGUUACAUUUUACAUCACAAUUAAAAUUAUUAUAAUCAGCAGCAGAAGCGUGAAAUUGGCAUCACGAUGAUAUGUAUGUUCUUUAUCAUUUGAAUUCUUCUACAUCCCCUAAAAAUAAUUGUAUAUAGCAUUAAAGAAUUUGUAAGGAAAGGUACAAAAUAUAAAUUGUAAUUUCUUUUA